AUGGACAGCUCCUACACGCCGCCGAGGUUGGAAACAUGCAGCUUCCGGCCAGUUGCGAGCGACGACGACGACGACGAGUUCAGACGCAUUGCCUGCAGAGAUGCCGUUGUGCGGGAGUACCUAAACAAUCUGCCGUGUGUCUUUGAAGGUGACGCCUGCCCUUCUCACGUCGACGAGGACGAGCGGGUGGAGAAUGAAAUUGCGCAACUUGACCGCGAUGGCCUCAAGGAGCGCGUUGGGAGCGAGACGCGGCGCUGCAACGAGGCGCUUAUGGAAUUGCUUGAACAAGAACAGCAGAUGAGCAGCACCCUCGCGGGGAUGCGGCAUCUUGAGUCUCGGCUGAGAGAUAGUGAGGGGGGUCUUGAGUUGCUGCGUCAGCAGCUACGGGGGGCUAACAAAUGCAUUGAAUAA